ACGACGCAUCGGAUCGAAGACCAAUUUCUCUGAUUUCCUCUUUUCUUUCGCAAAUUUCUAUGUAAAUAAGGAAGAGAUGGUAUCAUUCGCCAAAUACAGCUUGGUGCCCACAGAGGAACCGAAGGAAAAUGUUGCCCCGCCUCCCCCGCCCCAGAGCUCAGGGGCCUUCGACUACAACUCGGCGUUCAGUUACAAAUCGGCGUUUGACUACGGUAGCAAAACCACCAGUCAGUACCAGUCUGCAUUCGACUAUGGCUAUGGUCAGAGGGGACAUUCUGUUUCCCUCAGUCUGGGGGAGAAGGACAAGGGCAAGAAGGAUCGGUUCAAGGACUGGAGCCUGAUGACCUGCCUGGCAUCCGUCGUCACUGGCCUGAGCUACUUCUUCAUCUGCAUCACCUUCCCUGUCACCCUCUGGUUCUGCUUCAAGAAGAUCGCACAGUGGGAGCGGCUCAUUGUGUUCCGCUUGGGGAGGCUGCGUGGCGCUCUAGGCCCUGGCAUUGUGUUCAUCAUCCCCUGGCUGGACCGACACAAUCGCGUUGACAUGAGGACCAAGGCUUUCUCUGUGCCUCCUCAGCAGCUCAUCACAUCGGACAACGGAAUCAUAGAAAUGGGCUGCGAAGUUAAAUACAGGAUCAGCGAUGUCCAACGGCUCACCACCUCCGUCACUUCUCCUGAACAUGGCCUGCGCUCCUUUGGCAAGACAGUGAUGCUCAACGUGCUCACCAAACACACUGUGAGAGAGACAGAGAGAGACCGGCCAAUCAUUGCAUCGCAAAUCCAGAAGGAGCUCAACCUGAGAGUGUUGGAAUGGGGGAUUGAAAUUGGUGAUGUGUCACUGAGCAACGUAAACAUCCUAAAGGAAGCCGAACCCCACAACCCUCUGAAGCCCCUCAUGAACUGCUUCGGGGGCAAGGGGGGUGAGAUCGUGGCCCCACCUGGAGCAACAGCCGCAGCCGCCUCUUCAAUACUGAACAUGCCAGGUUUCCCAGGCAUGGGGGACUUCUCCUUUGUCAACACCGGGCCCUCCAAGAAGAAAUCAGAGGCAAUCGGUCAGUGCUGAGGUCUAAGUGGUGCUUUUCUCCAGCGAGAGCUUUCUGUGCGCGUGUCUGCAGGUCUAAGGACAAGGAGGGAGGGAGGAAAAUGAUGAUAACGAUUGAUG